AUAUCUGAAUAGGAGGUGCAGGACAUAGUAAUGGAGCAUCAGCAAAACGGGUCACGGGGAAAAUCCGGUGCCAGAACAAGAAAACAAAAUCACCACAAGCCCAGUGGGAAAACAAAAUCACUCAACAUAGCCGUGGCUUUCAGCCGCAAGUUUUAGUGGCCGAUGAGCUCCAAAUUCAGAUAACCGCAACCGUUUGUAAAUACUUCCAACAGGGAUGAAGAGUAUACAUGAUCCGUCACAACCGUCGGCGUAGUUGACAAACCGCAAUGAUGCUGCUAAUUGCGAAAGCAACCGCAGCGAGAAGCGGAGAAGGAAGACACACUGGUGGCCUGGCUGAGUCAGCACGGACUCGAUCACAUCCUCCUCUGAUAGAUCCUUCGUCCUCCAAAGGAUAAGCACAAGAACUCGACGCGCAAGUGCCACCACAAGCUCCUCACCGGCAAUGCCCUAUAAAUUAACGAACCAGCUCGCGGCUCGACAUCGUGCUCUCGACAGCAACGACGACGCGCUCCCAAACUCUUCAAAGAAAUCAGGAAUCGCACGGGAGGCAGUGCAACUGUGAAAGAAUGGCUUCGUUUGCAUCGGCGUCUGCCGCUGCCGCUGCUCUUCCGCCCUGCGCCGCUGGGACUCGUCGUGGCAGCCGGUGCGUGGCCCGUGCGUCCGCGGUGGCGGUGGCGCCGGCGGGAACGGCGAGGACGCACUACGAGGUGCUCGGGGUGGGGGCCGGAGCCAGCAGGGGGGAGAUCAAGGCCGCGUACCGGCGCCUGGCGAGGGAGGUGCACCCGGACGCCGCCGGAUGCGGCGACGAGAGCUUCAUCCAGCUGCACGCUGCGUACGCCACGCUCGCCGAUCCCGACGAGCGCGCGCGAUACGACCGCGCCGUGGCCCGGCCCGCGGCGUUCAGGCGGGCGCCUUCUGCGUUUCAGCCGCGGAGGUGGGAGACGGACCAGUGCUGGUAGGGUAGCCGCUGGCCCAUUGCGCCGCGUCCUCCGCUGCCUCCUGCUCAGGCGCGACCGGCGAUGCAGUCGCCGGAGCCUGGUCGCUGACUGAACGACCCCUCGGGCAACUGCGCACCAUCCGAUCCAGUUUAGACGGCCCACAUUGAGGAGUAGCCCACCUAUAAAUCUUAUCUAUCCAUCUGGGAUCUAAUGGCUCACGGUACUAAUCUCAACACCAUAUAGCGGUUUGGCAAGUUGACUUGCAUCUCAUUUAACCAUGGAGGAGCUUCACAUCUUUCAUUGAGAAAAGUACUGUAGCACCAUAAAGAAUUGAAGUCGCCAUGAGCCAGAGGAUCCCAAUUCUCUAUCAAGUGGAUCGCGGUUAUUCUCCGCGACCCACCUGAACUUGGGUAGCGACCAGCGGCGACGACGGCCAUGGUGGAUGCCUGCCUCUCUUGUCUGUGUCUUCAGUUCUGCUCCAUAGUUACAGUUUUCUCUUCCUUUUUGAUCCGUGCACCAGAGAGGCAUUUUAAACAUCUCUUGUGUAUUUGACCACCUUGUAAAUAUAAACAUUCUCGAUUGUAAAUGAUCAAGGAACCAACCACUCUUUUCA